AUGCCGCCGGCGCCGGCGUACGCCGUCCUCGCUGCAGCAUUCAGGACCAGAAACCCCAUCUGCGUUCGGAGGUGGCUCGCUGUUCUUGGUUCGCGCACGCCGACUGUUCGACAGAAUGCGUUGGAGGUGCUUCCUGAUGCAGCCUUGCCUCCACGCUUCUACUCAAGCAUUGUUCCACGAGGAUUUGUUAUCGGGUCACCAAGGCUUUGCCAUAGCAGCGCUUCAGAGGAGGACUCCCCAGAUGUCCGCGUCGGUGAAGUUCUGAGAGUUCUCAAGUCCUGUGCUGCCGAUGCUGACCUCGGGAAAGACCUUCGUCAGUUUGCCGAUGAGAUGGACGAGGACGUUGUUCUGAAAGUCCUCCAGAAGCAGAGGUCCAAUUGGCAGGUCGCGCUGUUGUUCUUCAAUUGGGCAGCCGGGCUGCCUUCGCAUGAGCACGGCCCAAGGACCUACACUGAGAUGCUUGACAUCCUUGGGCGGAUGAAGAAGGUCAGGAUUAUGAGGCAGCUCUUUGAUGAGAUUCCUGAACAACGCUGUGGGUUGGUCGUAACGAAUAGGAUGUUUGCUGUCCUGUUGAACCGGUAUGCAGGGGCGCACAAGGUGCAAGAAGCGAUCGAGAUAUUCUACAAGAGGAAGGAUUAUGGGUUCGAGGUCGACUUGGUUGGAUUCCAGAUACUUCUGAUGUCGCUCUGUCGGUACAAGCAUGUUGAGGAGGCUGAGGCCCUCUUUCUCCAGAAGAAAGAUGAGUUCCCUCCUGUCAUAAAGAGCUGGAACAUCAUUCUUAAUGGUUGGUGUGUCAAGGGAAGCCUGGCUGAUGCUAAAAGGGUUUGGAACGAGAUCAUUGUAUCUAAGCUUAAGCCGGACCUGUUCACAUAUGGUACGUUCAUAAAUGCACUAACCAAAGCUGGCAAACUUAGUACGGCUGUGAAACUAUUCACAAGCAUGUGGGAGAAGGGAAUCAAUCCCGACGUGGCAAUUUGCAACUGUAUCAUUGACCAAUUGUGUUUCAAGAAAAAGAUUCCAGAAGCACUUAAGAUUUUUGGUGAGAUGAAUGACCGUGGUUGUCAAGCAGAUGUGGCUACCUAUAACACUUUGAUCAAACACUUCUGUAAGAUAAGGCGGACAGAAAAAGUUUAUGAGCUUUUGGAUGAUAUGGAGAAGAAGGGAUGCUCUCCAAACAAUAUGACAUACACCUACAUUCUGAAGACAACUGAGAAACCGAGAGAUGUUAUGAAUUUGAUCCAGAGGAUGGAGGAAUCAGGUUGUAGGUUGGACUCUGACACGUAUAACUUGAUAUUGAACCUCUAUGUCAGUAUGAAAUAUGAGAAGGGGGUACAACAAGUAUGGGAGGAGAUGGAGAGGAAUGGAUCAGGUCCAGAUCAGCGAUCAUUUACUAUUAUGGUUCAUGGACUUCACUCCCAGGGACAGCUGGACCAGGCUCUGCAAUAUUACACGACAAUGAAGUCGAGAGGGAUGACUCCAGAGCCAAGAACCAGGAUAUUGGUGAAAGCAAUACAUAUGAAGAAGGAUGGGCCUGAGACUGAAGAUCGAUCCGCAAGUAUGACUGGGAAAAAUCUAAAAUUGGAUCGUCGAUCAGGACUUUUCCAUGUUCGUAAAUAG